UGUAUACAAGCAAGCACAUGUAAUUCAUUCAUACUCAUUCUUUAUCAUGCAUGCGCUCACCCUGGCACCAAGUAGUUCAUGGAAACAACUGCGACCCGCGAGCGCUCGGUGCUGCGGAGCUGAGCACGGCAGCCUCCCCAGCGCCCAAUCAGUAGGUCAUUGCGCCCUGUCAGCCAGUCACCAGGGGCCACGGACUGUCGCCGGUGCGGGCAGCGCUGGCGCGCGGCGAGGACACACGCUGGUGUCGUCGGCUCUUCGCGGCCCCAAGCACGCCAACGGAGGGCCGGAGCCGUUUGGGACUGGCGCGGGGCUGCUGAGGUGGCAGCGCGAGGCUGCGGCGCUGCUGGCUGAUGAACUCCGAGUGGAGCGGGAGAAGGAAUGGAAGCGGCUGCGACACAAGCUGCUGUCCCUGCCGCCAGGCCAGUCGCUGACACGAACACUUCAGCAACAGCAACAGCAACAGCAGCAGCAUUUGCUGCAAGAGCAGAGGCAGCAGCAGGGGCAGGGGCGCGAGCCGCACCUGGGUCAGGCGGCACGGCAGCAGCAAGGGCAAGGGCUAGGACAGGGGCAGCAGGAGCAAGCUGGAGCGGCGACGGCGCUGGAUGAGGCGACGGUGCAGGGCAUUGAGCGCAGCCGGAUGAAGAUCCGCUUCCGCAAGUUCUGGGACCUCAUGCACGAGCGCGACCGGCCCUGGCACUACGGCGCCGUACUGCACCUGUGUACGGCACUGCCGCCGUACAGCUGUGAGCGUUACGCCGCCGUCACGGCGGGCACCAUGCAGCGCAUCCUGGCGCGGCGGGCCAAGGCGGAGCGAGGCGUCCGGGAGCAGCGGGAGCUGGCGAGGUCCCUUCGGCGGCGCAUGGCGGCGGCUAGCCUACACAUGAGCCGCACCGGCCAACCCAUAUCGGACGAGUGGAUGGCGCAGCUGUGGCGGCUGGCGGCGCAGCUGGCCACCGGCGGCGGCAACGCGGCGGCGGCGCUGCGGCAGCUGCAGGGCGCGGCGUGGUCGCCUUUCCGGGAUCAGGACUACGUGGACCACGUGGAGAAGCUGCUGCCCCUGCUCGAGGAGACGGAGGAGGUGGGGCAUGUGGCUCAGCGGCACAUGCUGCCGGCACUGCAGCGGCUGCGGGCUGAGACGUCGCAGCUCCAGGGCGCCAUGGCGGCUCGGGCUCUGGCUCGGGACCAGGUGCUGUCGGCCCUACAGGCCCUGUACGAGCGCCGGCGGGAGCCAGGCUCGGCCGCGGACCCGGACUCCUGGCCGCCGCUGACGGCGGAUGAGGCGGUGGAGUGGCGCUACCCGCCCGUGCAGUACUGGGGGCGACCGGAGGAGCUGCGGCAGCAGGCGGGCUGGCAGCGGCAGGGGCAGGGGCCGGGCGGCCGCGGCGCGGGGGAGGGCUGGGCCGCCGGGCACGAGGAGGCCGAAGGCCACAUAGGGGAAGGGAAUGAUGAUGAGGAGGAAUAUGAAGAGGAGGAGGGGCAGUGGGCGGAAUUUGGAGGCCUGGAGUUUGGCAGCUUGGGAGCCGAGAGGGGUCGGGGCGGAGGCCGCACGUCGUCCGAGGUAGCAUGGGCGCAACCCAGAGCAGCUGGAGCUGGGCCAUCCAAGCACAUAAUACCCGGGCUCUUUGAUUGACAAUUCACUGACUGUGUGCCGUGAGGGGAGGAAGGGCUGAGGAGGCCUGCAGGCUGCGAGGAGUGUGGCCGGGUUGCCGGGUUGGUGCGCGUGUGGAAUGCGAUGCUCGGC